UCGGAGGCAUCAGUAGCGUCGUGACGUUAAACCCGGUGAUCGUUUGUACUGCGCGUAAUAAUUAAAAAAAACACGUUAUUAAAAUGUUAGGUGGAAGAAGUCCGAUGUAAUUCAGGAGCCGGAGUUAAGUGAAUUUGCCAUCCUCUCUAAAAUGAAGUCACUACAUGGGAUACGCUUAAUGAAAUUGUAUAAUCAUUAAAAGUAUGUUCAUUCUGGGAUAUUGUGAGUGUUUCAUUGAAAACCAAUGUUAUAUAUUAUAUGAAUGGUACACUUUUUAUCGAUGCUGAUUAUAAAGGAUGUGGGGUGAUGAUUCUAAUAAAGAGAACAAGUAAGAAUUAUAUUGUGAAAAUGUGAUUCAGUGACAAAAAAUAUAUCUAUAAAAGCUAUGGUCACCCUGAAAGGGUUGGGGGUCAUUUUACUGUGGACAAUUACAAUUUACAGGAGUGAAAAUGCACCAACACAAGCUCAACACGGAAAAAUAUUGGAUCAAGAAUAUUGGUACGAACAAGCAAGAAUAGCUCUUCGAAAACGUCUGCAGUACUCUUUAGAAACUGAUCGACGUCCUUUUGCCAAGAAUGUGAUAUUAUUUGUAGGAGAUGGAAUGGGUGUGGCAACAGCAACAGCAGCACGAAUUUUGAGAGGACAGAGAUUAGGAAAACAAGGCGAAGAUCACGAUUUAGCAUGGGAUUCAUUUCCUGCUGUGGCAUUAGCAAAAACAUUCAAUAUGGAUGCCCAAAUCGGUGAAUCUUCCGCGUGUGCAACAGCGUUAAUGUGUGGAGUGAAGACAAAUUUUGAAACAGUAGGACUGGAUGCUAGAGGGCGUUUUGAAAAUUGUUUCUCCAGUUUCUCGUCAAGAGUUCCAUCUUUGAUAGAUUGGGCUCAAGAAUCAGGAAAAUCCACAGGAAUAGUAACAAACACUAGAAUAACGCAUGCUACCCCUGCAGCACUUUAUGGACAUUCUCCUUCUAGGUACUGGGAAGAUGAUUCUAAAGUACCUCCAACUGCAAGGAAAUCCUGCAAAGAUCUUGCACGACAACUUAUAGAAAAUGAUCCAGGAAGAAAUAUUAACGUAUUAUUGGGAGGCGGUCGACGACACUGGUUACCUAAGGUUGCACAUGAUCCUGAGAUGACCAAGGAAGAAGGUAGACGAUUAGAUGGUAGAAAUCUUAUCGACGACUGGCUUAGAGACAAAAAGAAACGUUUGUCUAAAGCUCAUUAUGUCUGGAAUAAAGGACAGCUUGAUCAGAUUGACUAUAAUGAAAUUGAUUAUUUAUUAGGAUUGUUCUCCUAUUCUCACAUGGAUUUCGAAACAGACAGAGAUCCAGGUCCCCACGGAGAUCCAUCACUAGCCGAUAUGACACGAUCUGCUCUUGCUAUACUACUGAAAAAUCCCAAAGGAUUUCUUCUAGUCGUUGAAGGUGGACGAAUAGACCAUGCUCAUCACUAUAAUAAUGCGUUUAGGGCUUUGGAUGAGACACUCGCUAUGGAGACAGCCAUUUUGGCGGCAUUGGCACUAGUUAAUCCGACUGAAACUCUUAUAGUUGUUACUUCAGAUCAUUCUCAUGUUUUAACAAUGGGUGGACAAGCAACGCCAAGAGGGCAUCCCAUCUUAGGUCCAGAUAGUAAAGUCUCAGAUGUUGAUGGCCAGCCUUACACAACUAUCUUGUAUGGUAAUGGUCCAGGAUAUGCCACACCAAGGAUAGUUCCAAUGAAUCUCAGUUCUGUAGGUGAAGAUAGAAAUCAAGUGCACGGGUCUGCUGUACCAAGACAAUGGGCCACUCAUGGUGGAGAAGACGUACCUGUAUAUGCUCUGGGGCCACUAGCCACUACAUUAUUCACAGGUACAUUUGACCAGAGCUACAUUCCACACGCUAUAGCCUAUAGUGCUUGUCUGGGAGAACAUAGACUUCGGUGCCAGGGUCUUAAUAACUACACAGGAGCACCCUUAACAGUGCAAAUCGGUAAUUGUGCUCAACAUGAAAUAACUAAUGGUAUCAAUUCCGGACAACCAAUAGUGAUAGCAAGUAGUGUAAUGUCUGAUGAUGGCCAAUUGCGAAUAAUUACCAAUUCUGGCAGAAAACCUGUAUAUACAAAUUCAAUAGUUUUCAUUGUAAUUAUAUUUAUAAAGACGUAAAAACGGUUGCAAUGUGAUAAUUGGGAGAAACAUUUUUUUACAGUGGUGUUAAGUGAUUCGAUUUCAAGAUAUUAUAAUUAACAAACUGUGUACAGAAGACAUUUAUACAAUAAAAUGGAGCUAGAAUAAUUGAAAUAAA